AUGGAUGACAACAUAGAUCCAGUUAACUGGGAAGAAGAUAUUAAUGAUAUUCUAUCAGAUAUGUUUGAAGAGGAGGCAAGAGAGGAUGUAAUAGAGGACCAACCAACAACCUUGACAGAUCUUACUGAUGCAAAGUUACACCCUUUACAGAUACUCUAUAUUGAAUAUAUAGAUGACCUUCCUGAGUAUCCAAAGACUUAUAUUAAUAGUCAUAUGUAUAUCAUUGCAGCAGAUAAAAUGUCACAAUCAGAGGCGGAGCAACAAGUUCAAGAUUAUUCUCAUUCAAGCCUCUAUAGGCUAAGACAUAUCAAUUCCUAUUUCUUGAACUCAUGGCAAGAAAUCCAAAUAAUUCAGAAAGAUAUUGACCUUGUUGAAAAUGAUAUUCAGAAGAGGAAUGUAUUUAGAAAUAUUAUCACAGCUCUCUGA